UCUUUAAUAAUUUGCGGCUGAAUAUCGUACUUUAUUAAAGUAGUCAGAUUAUGAUGUCUGGAACUAACGUGAACGGUUUGCUGUCGUCGACAUCUGUGGUGUCAACCCUUUAAGUUUCUAAAGGGGGGGGUCAAAGGAGUCACUGCACACCCCCGCAACUCCUGACAGGAACGCCACAGCGCGCGGGGCGGUUUGUCUGUACUUGGUGGACGACCUCCCCAUUCCGAACGACCUGGUGUUCUGCGCGAGCGAAUUCAGCUCGAACCGCGGAGGUGUUCGUGCCACUGAUUCCGCGCAUUGAGAGAUCUGUGUUGCAAUGGUGAGGUUCUGCACUGCUUAUUUCUUCUUUCAGAACACGAGCGAUAUAUUUAUUCAGGCAAUUCAACCUCAGCGGAUUCCGAUGUGACGCUGUAGAAAGAGAUCGGUCCAGUGUCCGCUUUUCUGUGAACCACCCAGAACACACACAGCAAGCUCGCGGAAAUUUUUGAACUUGGGGAGCAACAAAAACAUGUCGGUCGUGAUUUCAGUACGCCUACUCGCGUUCUGCGCUCUUCUCUCUGUGGUUUUAGGCAUGCUGCCUGGACACUCUGACUGUGUGAUUAAGAGGGAACAGGAGAAAUGCAUGGAGAAGAUUGCCCAUGACGAGCCCUCUGACGAUCUGGAGUACAGGUGUCCGUGGAUGUGGGAUAACCUCACCUGCUGGCAGUCUGCUGCUGUGGGAGAGGUGGUGGUGGUCAGCUGCCCAGAGCUGUUUGAGUUUAUGAGACCCGAUGAUGAGCUGGGGAGGAUUAGCAGGAACUGCACCGAGGAGGGCUGGUCUGAGCCCUUUCCCCACUACAUUGAUGCCUGUCUGUUUGAUGACAACGCCACCAAGCCUGAUAUGUACUAUGCAUCAGUCAAAGCCCUGUACACUGUGGGCUACAGCACCUCUCUGGUUUCCCUGACGACAGCAAUGGUCAUUCUCUGCAGAUUCCGGAAACUUCACUGCACCAGGAACUUCAUCCACAUGAACCUGUUUGUGUCGUUCAUCCUGAGAGCAAUAUCCGUCUUCAUAAAGGACGGGGUGCUCUAUGCUGAGGAGGACAGCGAUCACUGCUUCGUACACACUGUGGCGUGUAAGUCAGUGAUGGUGUUCUUCCACUACUGCGUCAUGUCCAACUACUUCUGGCUGUUCAUCGAGGGGCUGUACCUCUUCACCCUGCUGGUGGAGACCUUCUUCCCCGAGCGGAGAUACUUCUACUGGUACACCAUCAUCGGAUGGGGGACGCCCACCGUCUGCGUGUCCAUCUGGGCUGUGCUCCGGCUUCACUUCGACGACUCGGGGUGCUGGGAUAUGAAUGACAACACUGCCCUCUGGUGGGUGAUCAAAGGACCUGUAGUGGCCUCAAUAAUGAUUAACUUUGUCCUCUUUAUUGGAAUCAUAAUCAUCCUGGUGCAGAAGCUUCAGUCCCCAGAUAUCGGAGGCAAUGAAUCGAGCAUCUACUUCUGUGUGCAGAAAUGCUUCUGUGAGCCCUCGCAGGCGGACCACCACCCCUGCAAGAUGUCUGAGCUGUCCAUCAUAACACUGAGGCUGGCCCGGUCCACUCUUCUCCUCAUCCCCCUUUUUGGGAUCCACUACACGGUGUUCGCCUUCUCCCCCGAGGACGUCAGCAAGCGGGAGAGGCUGGUGUUUGAGCUGGGCCUGGGCUCUUUCCAGGGGUUUGUCGUGGCCGUCCUGUACUGCUUCCUGAAUGGAGAGUUUCUCCCUGAAGGUGCAGUCGGAGAUAAAGAGGAAAUGGCGGAGCUGGACCGUAAACCGGUACUUUGCUGUGGACCUGAAGCACCGGCACCCUUCGCUGGCCAGCAGUGGGGUGAACGGGGGGACGCAGCUGUCCAUACUGAGCAAGAGCAGCUCCCAAGUCCGCAUGUCCAGCCUGCAGGCCGAGAACCUGAACCUCAACCUGCCCACCUGAGUGUGUGAACACCUGGGUCUCCUAGUGCUCCGCCCACCCAGCCCAGCCCCACCCCCAGCCCCGCCCACCCCAGCCCCCCACCACCACCGACAACCAGAACCUGACCAGAACGUGACCCGAAACUGCACCGCAGGAGUGUCCAAAGUCUCUGGGUCCUCUCAGAACCUCCACACAGAAACAGGCAGAGAACAAGUGUGCCUGCAAACAUGAGACAAAUUAUUCAAAACAAAACAAACAAAAAAACGAAUUGAACAACUUACUGUAGCUAUUGUACUUGUAUAUGCCGCAAAAGUGCUGUGGCUGUACCUGCUAUAUAUUUUGUCCUUGUAUUGUCUGGGGAGAAAGAAAAAAAGGCAAAAAAACAACUUUCCCCCCCCCCCCCCCCCCCCCCCAAAAGUCAAGUUUCUGGUCAGGUUGCUGCUUUUGUGGGUUCUUGAGAAGUGGCAGUAGAAAGUGCGUUUUUAAAAAGUGCUUUUCUGUCAUGUAAUUUUUGCCUCUAGCAUCGCAGUUUCCCGCAGUUCGUGGUUAUGUAUGAAAGGAACGUACGAUUCCUCGGCGUGAACACGUUUGACCCAAUCAGGAAAGGGAAGCCAAACAUUUCCUGCAUAAAUUAGCCGAUCGGGCCAAUCAGGCCAGUUUGGCUCUGGGGGAAAACGCAAUGUAAAUAUCCGUCUGUCAUAACGCUCAAGUGUUACGCUUGCCGUCGCAUUUUUAAAUAAUAGUGUUCGUAGAGUUUUAUAAACGCUGUUACUUAAAACAGAAGUAGUGUUUUCUCCUCUCUGGGACACAGGAAGGCGCCGAUCGGGGGACUGACCAUGGGCACCUUUUUGUCCCAAAAGCGACAUCUUCGAAAAGACAAAACUUCGACCAGGUUGACAAUCAUGAAUCGUAAAAAAAAAAACCUCUGUUUGCUAUCAAAGAGUGAAAAUAUUCACAUUCCGUAUGUUUGAUAAACAUCAGAACACACCCCGUUUGAGGGAAGCCUGUGAUUGGAGAGAUUGAUGGGAUAUCUGUGGACACUGAAAUGUGUGGCCAAUCCGUUCAUUCGUAGCUUAAUCAGGUUUCGUUACGAGCUUGAUGUGUGUGGAAAUGUCUUCAAUGAACAAAUGAUAAUGGUAAUCAUGCUUUUUGUAAAUGCUUGUCUUUUACUAUUGUAAAUUUUAUAGUGUUAAACAGCCAAUAGUACAGAAUAUGUCAAUUAUGAAAACACCUCAUGGGCGACUCCUGUGUAUUAUUAUUAUUAUUAUUAUUAUUAUUAUUAUUAUAGCUGAAAUUUCUUACGCAUUUCCAUACAAUUAUUGUGAUGCUCUGAAUUGUAAUUGAAAAUGUAAGUAUAUAUACAGUAUAUACAUAUACUGGAGUCCAGAUCUGUAGAGUCUUAUAUUUCCAAAAUAAAUGUAUAUGAAAAAUGUAUUUAGAUAUAGGCUGGUGCUGCUAUGUAGACAAUAACUAAGUCAAGAAGUAGCCUGUUAGCUUAAUUUUAACGUCUACUUUCUUUAAAUACAAUUAAGUAUUAAGUACAUAUUUGUUGCGUACGUAUUGAUUUAAGAACCAUAGAUAUAAAAAAAAAAGAUGUAAUAUUUUUUUUAAUGGCCUCCCAGCCAUUUCAUUCAUGUGCAUUUUUAUGAAGCUGAGUUCUUUUUUAAUUGCUGCUCCACUGAACUCUGUUUACUGGAAGUGUUCAUAUAAGCUUCAGGCUGAUUCAUACUUCGCCACACAACGCUUUCGACAGACGUUAGCUUUCGCGGUCCGUGUUUCAGCCAUCCAGCCAAAAUAUUCCAAAGAUCGCUGAUUCUGUGAAAGCGUUUUCUGAGCAGCCUGGGCCACAGACGCGAUCCGCUUCUUCUGAUGUCAAGAGCAGUUCCUCUCCUUUAACAGGACGGUUAUCUUCAACCCCAAAAAGUGCCUUUCAGUCACAGUAACAAAGACCACAACAAGUGGUGUUUAACUAUUAUUCAGCAAGAAAUUAUAUCAAUUUUGUGUUUUCAUAAUUCCUGAAAGAGGAGCCUGCAGUUUUUUUUUUAAGAAAGAAUUUUAGUAAAAAGUGCUUUUAUUUGGUCAACUUAACCAAGAGGCCUUUGAUGCAUUUUCGCUUGUAAAAAUAGAAUUUUGACCCCCGUUUAUCUAAUUAAACUAGAGCUGAUGGGAGUAUUGCAGCUGGACUUCAUUCACUCUUUCUUACUUGGAUAGGCCUGCUAAUACAGAAAAACCAUUAUUUCAAUUCAGUUGUAAAAAAACAAAACAAAAAAAAAACAUGCAGAGUCCGUAAUAAAUAUCUAUAUCACUCGUUUUCAUGACAAUAUUUUAUUUUAGCUCAUAAUUGUUAAAGUAUGGUGACUAAAUUCACAUUUAUAUUUAUAUUAAAAAGAUCCUAGUUUUUUAAUUAACAUAAUUCAUAAACACAACCAUAGCCUACUGUCAUAUGGUUUACUUUUAUUAAUUGCGCUGUACAAAUAGCAUGCUUUUAAAAAAGUUUCAUACAAUUAAGCGUGAGGUGCGCAUUAGGGAAGAAGUAACACAUAUUGUUUUUGCCGGUACUGUGUGUACAUAUACAGUAAUGUGAUUUAAAUCAUUACUGCUUAUAUAAUUUUGAAAAUUA